AUGUUUCCUAUGCGGCACCCAGGGGCUGAGACCCGGGACACGACCCAGAGUGCCUGUCGUAUUGAUCAUCUAAUACAGAUAAAGGAAGCUCCCAGUGCAAGGGGGAGAGAAGAGCUGCUUGGUGAAUAUGGCAUCGACAGUCACCGGAUGCUCAGCGAUAAACACGGUCUGGCUGGGAAGAGGGACAUGCCCACAGAGGACGACAUCAAAUCCGAUGCCCUGAGAAUAGCAGAUGAAGACAUUGUGCACACCAUUGUAGACUUCCUGUCCUUCCUGAAGCUGAAAGAAAUGGGUGCUCUGGACAGCCUGCCCUCCUCCCUCACUUCAGAAGAAUUCACUCAGCCCUGAACCUCUGACGUCUCUCCUCCCAACAAUCUCUGACCUCUGACCUUCGACCAUCUGCAAGCGAUACGCACCUGUGUUAUUUUUUGUCGUGUGCUAACGUGUAACUCCGCUGACUGAUGUGAACAAUAAAAGUCGCAUUUAA